CGCUCGUAGUUUCAUAAUUACGGCUGAUCCCGCUUUCGGUGUGUUGAUCAUACACUUACCUACUCAAAUGCAAUACCUUAGCACUAUUUUCAGUGUUCGUUCGGAACCUCGUUCGAUUGCUCUGUCGAAUAGUCGCGCUGUUUUUCUUUUUGUUCGAAUUAAAAUUACGGAAUUGCUGCCUCGGUAGAUGAAGGCAAUUAUUCACGGGUUAUUAGUUCGAGGUCACUAGCCGCCGUUCUUGUGGUUGUUGUUGUUGGCGCCUGUUUCUUUUUUAUUCUGGUACAUGUGCUUGUUUGUGAUUGGUGUCUACAAAGUAAUUAGUGUGCGUUGCUAGACGUCAUCCCAUCGAUUACAAGCUACCGGAUCGUGUUGCACUUUUUUAACCGUACGUGUGCUGUUUGAGAUCGCUCCACUCAAUAAAAUAAAAAAAAACGAAAUCCCCAUAGGAGCUAGCAAACUUCGAACUCCCUUUUGACGGUUAGGAAAACUUUCCGGUGUCAUGUGGUGGAGAUUCAUCGUGGACAUCACAAAUGAGUACAAAAUUCUUCGCGGAAUGCUCUCCUAUUCUGCACUCUGGCCACUGGGAUGCAUUUUGCAGCAAACAUUCGAGGGCAGACGAUGGAACAAUUAUGACUGGCAAAGAUGUCUCAGGUACAGUCUGUAUGGCACGUUCGUAUCCGCCCCGAUGCUUUACACUUGGAUGCGCACGGCCAAUAUAAUGUGGCCCCGGACUGACUUCCGGUCAUCGCUGGCAAAAGCCUUCACCGAACAAGCAGCUUUUGACCCUUUUGCAAUCGUGUUCUUUUUCUACGGGAUGUCCAUCCUGGAGCGCAAACCUCAGCAGCAGGCUGCCGAAGAGGUUCGCAGCAAGUUCUGGGACACCUACAAGGUCGGCUUCUUCUACUGGCCCGUCGUACAGACGGUCAACUUUUCGAUGAUUCCACCGAAGAAUCAAAUCAUUGCAGCCGGGUUUUUCAGCUUGAUUUGGACCACUUUUCUGGCGUACGUUAAAAGCAGCAGCCCCGAGCAGAUUUCGGUGGAGCACGCCGAGAAGGAGAGGAGCGGCACCAAACGGUUGACGGGUUGAAGGCAGAAUCUGUGAUUAGUCGUAUUUUAGAGUCAUUGUUCUAGUCAACGUUAGGUUUGUUCCUGUACCGGGAGGAACUGAAAGCGCUUCCAAGGGAAUAGGGAGAAAAUUGUCCCGGAAUAAGCUACUUCUCUAUGUCAUUUUUCUGUUACAAACUGUGUUUUCCCGGACGAUGUUUUUGCUCUCCGCUAUUUCCAAGAAUCUGGCAGCAAGUGUCGAGUGCUGGAACAAACCUGUUGUAAAAAGUGUCAAUAGAAUAGAUAGGGAAAUUAAUGCAAAUAAAUGAAUUUAAAACAAGAAACAUCCAUGACCAUGUCUACGUUGUUUUUUAGCUAUAAACUGGAUUCAUUCGAAAUACCAGCGAUAAUUGAGAGCAAAACAAUUUCAAAAUAAGUUUUACACCUGUUGGCAAUCCUAAUU